AUGUCAAACAAUAAAAUUCCAACCUCAAAAUACGAUCUCUCCACUUACUGGGGACGUGUACGCCAUGCGAUGGACAUUACUGAUCCAAGAACCUUAUUAUCUACAAAAAAGGAUAUUGACAGUGCUGUCAAGACUUUACGCGAGUUUGAGGAUGGCAAUAGUACUUUGAGUGAAAAAGUUUGGAAUGCUAAAAAGGUUGUUGAUUCCACUUUGCAUCCUGAUACAAAGGAACCCGUGUUUCUUCCUUUCCGUAUGUCCUGUUAUGCCUUGACCAACUUGGUUGUCACAGCUGGAAUGCUUCAACCCAACCUAGGUACAGCUGGAACCGUUUUUUGGCAGUGGACAAACCAGUCGGUUAAUGUAGCAUUCAAUUCCGCGAAUGCCAACAAGUCUACUCAAUUGACAUUACCCCAGAUGGCAAAAUCUUACAUGUAUGCUGUCACUGCCAGUUGUGGUGUUGCAAUUGGUCUCAACAAGGUUGUUCCUCGUAUGAAGUUUUUGUCCACUUCAUCAAAAGCAAUUCUAGGACGUUUAACCCCAUUUGCUGCAGUUGCUUUUGCUGGUGUUUUGAAUGUGUUUUUGAUGCGCGGUGAAGAAUUGCGUCAAGGUAUUGAUGUUUUCGAUAAAGAAGGAAACUCUUUGGGUAAGAGCAAUCAAGCUGCCUUGUAUGCAGUUGGCGAAACAGCUCUUUCUCGUAUCAUCAAUGCUUCGCCUAUAAUGGUCAUCCCUCCUCUUGUUUUGAUGAGACUUCAAAAAACAAACUGGCUUCGCAAGAGCCCCAAGUUGACGAUUCCCGUGAAUUUGGGCUUGGUUGGUAUCACUUCCUUGAUUGCAGUACCUUUGGCUGUUGGUGUUUUCCCAGGUAGAGAAACCAUUUCUCCCAUGAAACUGGAAUCCAAGUUUCACAACUUGAAGGAUAAAAACGGGAAUGAUAUAGAGAAGGUGGAAUUCAAUCGUGGACUGUAA